ACUGAUCCCACGGCUGGCUUUGUGGUGGCACCUCAGUUGUAACCAAGCAACGGAACGUAGUACAUUCCAACUGAGCCCAGCGACAUCGCGUUACUUGACCUUUCUUGCACCUUAGUAGCGAGCCAGCAUUCCGUUUGAUGUGUGCUGCACUUCUUAACUGGGUCUCCAACUUGUUCACCGCCGGCAACAGCAUGUCGAUCGCCACCUACGAGGAAGUCCUGGACCUGCCGAACCACCCGGAAAAGCUGCUGAUUGACGUCCGUGGCGUGGACGAGGUCGCCUCAACGGGGGCCAUCCCGACUGCCGUCAACAUUCCACUGGACCAAGUGGAGAAGGCCUUUGCGCCGGAGACCACUUCGGAGGAGUUUUUGAAACUGUACGGAGUUGCGAAGCCGGACAAGGAUCGCUACAUCAUAAUGUCCUGUCGAACGGGACGUCGUAGCCAGAUGGCGCUGGACACGAUCAGUGCGCUGGGGUAUUCCAAGUAAGGGAAUUUGGUUUCCUACAAGUUUGUUACGAAAGGUUGUGCGUGGAUCAUCAUCGUAACCUUCCAUCAACCUCUAUCAUAUCGUUUUGCUCUCUAACAUUGUCUGCUUUUUGUUCAAUUUGGUUUUUUCUGUGUUGUCGAAAAUGAGCGAUUCUCUACGAAAUGUAUUAAUUCUCAAAUUUACCGAAAAUGUGUACAAAGUUCUGAAGUCCGGCAUCAAAUAAAUAAAAUUCAUAAAUUUUUAUACACGAUUUCAUGAAUGAAUAAAUGAAAUCAAGAAAAGUAUCACGAAAUCAUUAAUAAAUUGUUCACGAAUUCAUAAAUCGAAAUUCAUGAUUUCUCCCAAACAUUUUUUUCCGUGUAUGGUGGAUAAAAUUUGACUUUUCGCCUUACCUGGCAGGCUUCAUUGUAUGGCCAAAUAUAAGCUUGAUUGUGCAAAAGAUUGAUUAUGGGGAAAUUUAUUUUUGUAGUUUAGCCUUUUUUGCGAUUUGAAUUCGAUACAUUUUUUUACUGCUCUGUUUGUUAAUCUUUGGCUACAAUUUAAAUAAAAUCAAUAUUUUCUAAAAUUCAAGACAGUGUUAGUUAAGCUUGAAAACUGAUCAAAAUUUAUGUUUAUGGGGCAUUUUUAAAAAGCAUUUCUAUUAUUAGAACGUGUACACCAAAAGUUCGAUUUUUUUGCUGCAAAAUUUUCUUCAACCCAAAUUCGUAGAGAGUUUCUCAAAUAUUUGUCUUCUUU